GAAAAAAACAAAGAAAACCCUCAUAUCAUAAUACUUUUUCGUCCUCUUUUCUCUCAUUCAGUCCCUCAAUUCAUAGCAAAAAUGGUGAAAGUUACUCGACGCAAACAAAAUAAGCAGCCUAACAAGAAGAAGGAAAUAUCAAUACGAAGGAGGAAGAAAUGUAGCAGAAUCGUCAUAAAGGACGAGAAUGAGAAUGAGAAUGAUAAUAGAAGUGAUGAAUUUGAUAAGCUACCUAUUGAUGUGUUAACUUGUAUUUUUCUAAAAUGCGGGUUGAAAACACUGUCCAUCUCAAGGUGCGUAUCCAAGUCAUGGAAUGAUUGUAUCAUUAGUCCCCUGUUUGUAUUUUCUCGUCGAAAACAAGAGGGAAAUGCCCCUGAAUUUCUCUUUGUGGAAACAUCACGUUAUUUGCCACGGUCAUCUAAGUCGAAACUACAAUUUGUUUCACUUGACAUGGAUGGAAGAAAUGAGGAUUUGUACACAAUCCUCAACUAUCCUGAUACACAAAUCCAUUGUAACGGCUGGACUGUUAGCGCUGGUUUGGUUUGCCUUUCAACAGCUUGUCGUAUUUAUCUCUGUAAUCCGGCCAUCCAUCAACUACGGGAAUUGCCCAACUCUUCACCUUCUGCUACCCCCGGAUAUGAACAUUUUGGUUUUGGAUAUCUUCCCUCGAAAAAGGAAUACAAGGUGUUGCAUUUUUUCUAUUUGGGUCCCCCCCGUGGUCUUGCUUUAGAGAUUGACGUUGCCCUGAUAAGAUGUGAAGUUUUCACCCUAAGUAGUAGUGGCGGCAUUUCUAAUGGUAGAUGGAAAGAAAUCGCGGAGCAACCUCCAUAUCAUCCUAUUUUUCGCGGGGUGUUAGUUAAUGAAUGUUUGUAUUGGUUGGGAAAGGAUAAAAUAGUGUACGUUGGCCAACCUCGAAUUAUGUCAUUUGACUUUGAAAACGAAAAGUUUAUAUCUCUAGGUUUCCCAUCAGCUUCUAUGAACUGUCAUGGCUUGAAUUUGAUGGAUUUGAAAGGGAGCCUUUGUGUGGCAGACCGUGUUAACUUCCGCAAGAGUUCGAUUCUAGACUUGUGGAUACUGAAAGAUAAGGUACGUUGCGUUUGGGCGAAGGAGUACAGUAUCGAUUUUGGGGUAAGGUUCGAUCCCAUGACAUUAGAUUGUUUUCACAGCACAUGGAAUGAAGAAAUAGUAUUCCGUCAAGAAGUCGGGGCGAUGAUGAUCAUCUUCUUCUAUGACAUCAAAAGAAAAACCUUUAGACAAGUCCAAAGACACAGGGCAGCACCAAUUUCUAUAUACUGGAAAACUUGCUUCUCUUUAGAUGCUUAAGUUGCUUUCUAAGUAGAAUUUAUUAUUUUUCUUUUGAUUCAUGUCAACAUUAUUUCAAUUACAUUACAUCAUUACUCUACUAUUAUUUGUAAUAAGAGAUUUUCAUUAAGGUCAAAAAGAACAAAGUUAUGAG